GUUACGACUGCUUCAGACACCGAACGAACUGAGCUGAAUUGUGAUGUCCAAGAGGGAGUUGAAGCUUUGUGACUCUUAAAUUUUGUUCGAUAUAUCGUUUGACGGGUCUAGUGAAUUACUACUAAGUGGAUAUACGAGUUUCACUGGGCUAAGUUGCUAUGGAAGACUUGGAUGCACUACUGGCGGAUCUCCAGGCUACAAGUCCCACUGUUUCCGCCUCGCUGACCGAACCGAGAGGCAGACAAACAUCGAAUGGACGAGAAUCGCCCGACAACCCACCACCUUUACCUCCUCCUCCCUCUUUUGAAGCUCUGGAUCCUCAUGGAUCGGCUCCCAAGGAAGAUAUGCUGUUUCCUCCACCUGCCCCUUCAUCGAGUUUGGGUCAAAAUCUUUCCGAGUUGGACAGCUUAUUGGAAAAUCUAAGCAACCCAAUACUUUAUCCAUCUGAUCCUACAGCCAAGCGAAUAAGUGCUGGAUCACCUAGAGGCAGUCCAACAUCACCAUCACCAAAGCCAGCUAUUAAUGGUCGACCAGCCAGCUACAAGGGUCCUAUGAUGUCACCUACCCACGACAAUAGACCAGUUAAUGGGCGUUAUGUAGAAAGAAAUGGACCAGAAAGUCCCAAAGCCCCCAUUACAACUUCUCAUGUUUACAACCCGGCUUCCUUACACAACCAAGUCCAGCAAACUAGGGACUUAGAUAACAGACAAUCACGGACAGCAUCGACAGCCACCAAAGAGCUGGAUGACUUGAUGGCGUCACUGUCAGAUUUUAAAGUCAAUGUUAGUUCAGCCCCCUCUCCAUCGCAAGCCAGGCUCAGUGGGGAUUAUGCAAAGCCAACUAAAUCAAAGCAGCAACAUCCAUCUGUUGGUAAAGUCAGCCAGCUGGAUUCCAUGCUGGGUUCUCUUCAGUCAGACAUGACCAGACAGGGAGUGAGUACAACAAAGAAAGGAAUGUGUGCAGCUUGCAACAAACCAAUCAUAGGUCAGGUUUGCACUGCCUUGGGUCGCACGUGGCAUCCGGAACACUUUACUUGUGUUACCUGUGAGGUGCCGUUGGGUGCUACAAACUUCUUUGAGCGAGAUGGAAAGCCUUUCUGUGAGAGAGACUAUCAUGAGCAAUUUGCGCCUAAAUGUGCUUACUGUAAUGGGCCUAUUCUAGAUUCAUGUGUCACAGCCCUAGACCAGACGUGGCAUCCAGAACAUUUUGUGUGUGCAGCUUGUGGACGGGCAUUUGGUGAAAGUGGUUUCCAUGAGAGAGAUGGGAAGCCAUAUUGCCGUGAUGAUUACUUUGCUUUGUUUGCGCCUCGAUGUGGAGGGUGUGGCCAGCCCAUAGCUGAUAGCUACAUUUCUGCUUUGAGUGCCCAUUGGCACUCGGAAUGCUUCGUGUGCUCGGAAUGUCAUCAAGCUUUUCCAGGUGGAAGUUUCUUCGAGCAUGAAGGCCGACCUUACUGUGAGAUGCACUACCAUGCUCGCAGAGGCACACUGUGUUACAGUUGUCAGAAGCCAAUUACAGGCCGAUGCAUCACUGCUAUGCACCGUAAAUUUCACCCCGAGCACUUUGUGUGUGCAUUUUGCCUCAAGCAGCUCAACAAAGGUACUUUCAAGGAACAAAAUGACAAGCCAUACUGUCACCCAUGCUUUGUCAAACUGUUUGGGUAGAUAUUAAAAGAGAAAUGACUCUGUUGUAUAUGAAGGGCUGACCAUUGAUAUGUUCAAAUGCAAGUCAGGAAAACUGGAAUGUGUGCUGGAGUAAGAGAUUACACAUAAGCUUCCUUGGAGAAAUAUCAUGAGAUGACAAAGUUUUUUUUUAUUAACCCUUAAACUCCCAGAAGUGAUAAACAUGUAUCUUCUCCCUGUAAUGUCAUUACGUUGUACAGCAAACAGGUGCUGGCAGUACUUAAAUGUAGCUUGUAUGAGGUGUUAUCUUGAUCUAACAACAAAUUCUUUGAACUAACUUAUACAGAAAUGUGCAGCAGUUAGAAGGGAGAAUUAGUAAUCAAAUCUUUGGAGUUACAGGGUUAAAUGCUGUUUUAUUAAUUACCAUGUCACAAUUAAGAAAGUUUUCAUGAAAUGGAAGGCCAUGCAGAACAAAUUAAAAAUUCGAGAUAACUUUUUUGCCUAUUUUAAUAUAUUUUAUAUGGAAAGUUUAUUAGGAAAUCUCUUCAUGACAUACUAAACCUUGUUUGUCUAGCUUCCAUGAAAACAUAUUGAAAAGUUUGCCACUACGGAGUUGCUUAUCUCAUAAGAGAAGCAGCCAUCUCUUUCAAGUUUUGUUUCUCGUAUGUGGUUUACAUUGUUAAAGAGACUGGCUGCUUAUACAUGCAGCAUCAUUAUUGUAAUUUGUGGGAUAAAAUGUAAAUUGGAAUUUAGAAUUAUAAUUUUACCUUUGAAGUAACCUCCUCUCUCUCUCUCUCUCUCUCUCUCUCUCUCUCUCUCUCUGCCUGGGAUCUUAUUAGUAAUUCUCUUUAUUCUGCCUUUUAAUUGUUAUGAUGUUUUCUUUUCUAAUAAUUUGGUACUGGAUGAACUAAAAACCAUCUUGUUGAUAUUUUUCUUUAUUUUCAUCACUUGUCUGCUGGGUGUUGUAUUGAUAUUGUAAGGAGAAACUCUGUCUUGAUCAUUCAUGGGAAUUACAGGAGUAAACCUUUGCCCUCCCUGGAGUGAUCAUAAAGGAAUUUCCUCUUCCAUUAUCAUUACAUUUUCAAGCACAAAGGUGAUAAGAGGAAAGUAAAGUAUCAACUUAAGGAUGGUGAUUGAUUAAGCACCAUAUUCUCAUAGCUAAAAUGUUAAGAAAUAUAUGGUAGGUAGUAAGGAGAAGUUAUAUUUAAAUCUUGGGACUGCAAGGGUUUACACAACAUAAGCUUGAUAUAUAUGUUGCAAACUAAUUGCUUUGUAUAGGAGGGUUUGAAAAUUUGAAAAGAACUGUGUUUUUUUAUAGUGCCUUGUUGGAACUUGCUGUGAUGUGGAGAUAAAUUUAAAAGCAUUAUUUAACCUUUUUCUUUCGGGGGAUGAGUAUAAUGUUAUAUAAAGUGUAGAUUUUAAAUCAAUUUUUUUAAGCCACAAAGAGUUGAUUUGAAAAGUACAAUUUGUUCAUUUGAGCAUUAUUUACUUUCCAUAGCCAUUAGGCCGGUUAACUAAAGAAAGUUUAGUGGGUGUUUUACCGAGCUGUGUUCUAAGUCAUCUUCAAUUGAGCCAAACCUUUUAUCUGAACAUUUAUUUUUCUGAACAGUGUCAAGAGGGCCAAAAGCCAAUCGUGGAAGGACAUUUAUUUAAUUAAAUCAUCCCUGUCAAAGAGAAUUCUUGAGGCCCAUUGUUUGCAUAAAACUGCGGUUUGGGUUAGACCUUGUGUAAAUAACCGCCCAUUGUGUCGAAGCCUAAAUUUUUGUCUGGCUUCUUUUCUGCAGUUCCAUAAAAUUGCAACUCAACUGCGAGAUUCAUUUCCCUAGUUGAGUUUCAUCCAUAGGUCAAAUGAAAUUUUUUUCACUUAAAAAGUUGUGAAUGGUGAAACUCUAGUUCGUCAUAUAAAAAAUUUUAGUGAUUUCAUGUGUGGACAAAUGUUUCUCGUAAAUGAAAUUAAUUUAUAAAUCAAAGUAAGAAUUUGAAGUGUUUAUAGAUAUUUUUGGAUUGUUCCGACAAACUGCUCUCUGGAACAUUAUUGCACAAAUGAUAUAUGAUAAUUUUGUUAAAAUGUAUUGUCACUAUAAAUGGGAUUCUAAAGGAGAAAACUCAGUUUGAACCCUUAGAGGUAUUUUAGAUGCCCUUCUGUGCUGAGUUCAAAAUAUAAUUUACUCUUAUCGUAGUAUAAUUUCCACGGCAAAGUAUGGAUUCUACAUGCAGUUAUCCCAGGAAGAGUGCUUAUCGGGUUUUGCACAAUGCAGCACUUUUCUGCACAAAAAGACCAAGCUUAGAACAUUUCCUUUAACCUCAUGCUAGUUGGGGUACCCACACUUAAGGUAGCAAUGUAAACAGGGGGUAUAAGUGCAAAAUCAGUCGAGUUUCAGAGAACAGAUCUUAAACCUUGCCACUAGAUUAAAAAAAGCUCAUCGUUGUUGCCGUGAAAUGCUAAGCCAAGCGAGAAUGAACGCUCAUACAUUUUUACUCGUGUCAAGUGCUCUUUUUGUGCCAUUACUAUUGUCAUAAAACGUCUAGAACAGUUUCUGUGACAGUCAUGCAUUUCAAACAAUCACGGAAUCCUGAGGAAACCGCUGCAUGACACCGUAUUCUCAAAUUUCAUACUCAUUUUGUAAACGUUUGUUUCAUUAACGAAUAGUUAAAGUGUAUCACAAGCUCAAGUGAAAAUGCGUUAUGCUUAUAAUAAAGAGAUGUAUUUCGUGUGA